GAGGGUCCCUUGCUUGCUUCCUAAUUCAAAAAUCAAGUUGGAAAUUUUGGGAGAUUUGGGGUGAAAUCUGGUCGGAUCUUCCUUUCUAGGCUCUGGAUUUUGGUGGGUAGUAUUUCAACUCUAAUGGGUUCUUCAUUUCUCUCCUAGAACUCAUCGAUAAGGACCACAACCAACCAAUCAAUUAUUCCUCCUCUUCUUCUUCUUCUUCCCCUGUUCUUCCCUACUGGAUCUUUGUUUCAGCAAGACGGGUAUGGAAGAAGAAGCUCAAUUUCAUGUUUUAGCAGUUGAUGAUAGCCUUCUAGACCGAAAACUGAUUGAAAGGCUGCUGAAGAACUCAUCUUAUCAUGUUACUACAGUGGAUUCAGGAAGCAAAGCUCUAGAAUUCCUGGGUUUUCAUGAGGAUGACCAGAGAAACUCAAACCCACCUUCAGUUUCUUCACACCAUAAUCAGGAAAUGGAAGUAAAUCUCAUCAUCACAGACUACUGUAUGCCUGGAAUGACAGGCUAUGAUCUGCUAAAAAAAAUCAAGGAAUCUUCAUCUCUAAAAGACAUUCCUGUUGUCAUCAUGUCCUCUGAGAAUGUACCUUCUAGGAUUAACAGAUGUUUAGAAGAAGGAGCAGAGGAGUUCUUUCUUAAACCAGUUCAGAUAUCAGAUAUGAAAAGGCUUCAACCCCAUCUUCUUAAGGGAAAGUAUAAAGAUCAACAACAACCACCAUCACCACCACCACAACAACAACAACCCAGUAACAAGAGAAAGGCCAUGGAAGAAGGUCUAACAGGUAGCCUUUCACCUGAAAGAACCAGGCCAAGAUUAAGUGGUUUAACAGUGGUUUGAUAAAUAAAUAGUAGUUUCCCUUUUACAAGAAGAAGGAGAUCCCAUAAUUCCUACUUCUCUUCUUUUCAACAAUAUUUUUGUUUCCUUCUUCUUCAUGCUUCAUGACACAUGCCCAAGAGCUAGCAAUGUGUGUAAGGGGCAGGGGAGAGGGAAACCAUAAGGAGAGAAAUAUGUUCAUCACAGUGGGAUGGAUACCUGUAAUUUUUAUUUUAUUUUUUUCUUUUUUGAUUAAUGGGAUACUUGUAUACAUUUACAUACCAAAAUUUCCAUUCAGAUUUGCAGAGAAUCACAAUAGAAAUGUAAAUAAUGGAUAGAACUUCAAAGGGAAUCACUAUUUGGGUUAAAAUCCAAAAAAAUAGUCUUUUUGAUGAUCA